AUAGCUAACCCGAUACACUUAGGAUUCCAAGAUGCAAUAUCCCCUCUGAUAGAAGAAUUACUGUAUUUCCACGACCACACGCUGAUAAUCCUAUUUCUAAUCAGCUCCCUCGUAUUCUACAUAAUUUCCGCCCUCCUCCUCCCCAAACUCUACCACUCGAGCGCCUCAGACGUCCAAGAAGUAGAAGUAAUCUGAACUAUCCUGCCCGCUAUUGUCCUCAUCUCAGUCGCCCUUCCAUCACUUCGUACCCUUUACCUCAUGGACGAAACCAACAACCCCUGCCUUACUAUUAAAGCAACCGGACACCAAUGAUAUUGAUCCUAUGAAUACACCGAUUUCUCUGCACUAGAAUUCGACUCCUACAUAGUACCCACACAAGACCUGCCUCUAGGCCACUUCCGUCUUCUAGAAGUUGACCACUGCAUGAUUACUCCAACAAACUCAACCAUCCGAGUACUAAUUACAGCCGAAGAUGUGUUGCACUCAUGGGCCAUCCCGUCCAUCGGAACAAAAAUAGACGCACGUCCAGGGCGCCUAAACCAGGUCAUACUCACACUGGCCAAUUCCGGUGUAUUUUACGGCCAAUGCUCCGAAAUCUGCGGGGCAAACCACAGCUUCAUACCCAUUGUCAUAGAAACUAUCCCAUUAAACCACUUCCAACUCUGACUAAAAGACUGCAUGUCCUCCU